CAGUGACGUCAGCGGCGGCGCGCGGCGCGGUGUACCCUGGGAUAUUUAAGUCCGCUCCGCGGCGCGGAGCCGCGAUGUCUCCGGCGGCUGCGGCGGCUGGCGGAGUCGAGCGGCGGCGGCCCCCGUUGGGUGUACGGGAGGGCCGGGGUCGGGCCCGCGGCUGCGGAGGGCCGGCGGGUGCCGCGGCACUCGGCCUAGCGCUCCUCGGCCUCGCGCUCUACCUGGUGCCCGCGGCGGCCGCGCUGGCCUGGCUGGCCGUGGGGGCGAGCGCGGCCUGGUGGGGCCUGAGUCGCGAACCCCGCGGCCCGCGGGGCCUGUCGUCGUUCGUGCGUGACUCGCGCCGUCCCCCGCGGCCCGCGCUCACCGCUUCGCCGCCGCCGGCCAAGUCAGCGGUCAACGGCAGCCUCUGUGAGCCCCGCAGCCCGCUUGGAGGCCCGGACCCCGCUGAGCUCCUCCUCAUGGGCAGCUACCUGGGCAAGCCCGGCCCGCCCCAGCCUGCCCUAGCGCAGGACCCCAGGGACAGGCCGGGCCGCCGCCCACCCUCGUGCUCCCCGCCGCCCGCGUCGGCGGCCCAACGAGUCCACCACGUCUACCCCGCGCUCCCCACCCCGCUUUUACGACCCUCCCGGAGGCCGCCCCAUCGAGAUUGUGGGUCUUUAUCCAGUCGGUUCGUUAUAACACCCCGAAGACGAUAUCCCAUUCAGCAGGCCCAGUAUUCCUUGCUUGGGGCACUGCCAACAGUUUGCUGGAAUGGUGGCCAUAAGAAGGCUGUGCUGUCUGCACGGAACUCAAGGAUGGUGUGUAGCCCGGUGACAGUGAGGAUUGCCCCUCCAGACAGCAAGUUACUCCGCUCACCAAUGCCAGAGCAGAUGCUCAACACAACCCUGUCUUCACCAUCGAGUAAUGCCCCGGACCCUUGUGCGAAGGAGACUGUGCUGAGCGCCCUCAAAGAGAAGAAGAAAAGGACAGUGGAGGAGGAAGACCAUCUACCCCUCGAUGGCCAGGAAACCAAGAGAAGGCGCCACGAUAGCAGUGGGAGUGGGCAUUCAGCAUUCGAGCCCCUUGUGGCCAACGGAGUCCCUGCUGCAUUUGUGCCUAAGCCUGGCUCCCUGAAGAGAAGUCUGGCUUCCCAGAGUUCAGAUGACCACUUGAACAAACGGUCUCGUACCUCCUCUGUGAGCUCCCUGACCAGUACAUGCACAGGAGGCAUACCCAGCUCCAGCCGCAAUGCCAUCACCAGCUCUUACAGCUCCACCCGUGGCCUCUCACAGCUGUGGAAGAGGAGUGGCCCCACCUCAUCCCCCUUCUCCAGCCCAGCUCCCUCCCGCUCCCAGACUCCAGAGAGGCCAGCCAAGAAAACAAGAGAGGAGGAGCCGUGCCGCCAUUCCAGUUCUUCAGCUCCCUUGGUAGCAGACAAGGAGUCCCCAGGAGAAAAGGUUACAGAUGCAGCCACUGGGAAGCAGCAGAACUCUUGGACUUCCCCACCCACGCCUGGCAACUCUGGGCAACGCAAACGCAAGGUGCAGUUGCUGCCCUCCCGGCGAGGGGACCAGCUCACCCUGCCUCCCCCGCCUGAGCUUGGCUAUUCCAUCACUGCCGAAGACCUGGACAUGGAGAGGAGAGCCUCGCUGCAGUGGUUUAACAAGGUCUUGGAGGACAAGAUGGAUGAUGCGUCCACCUCGGCCAGUGAACCCCCACCUGCUGCCAAUCCUCCUUUCUCAUUUACCCCGCCUGCUGUGGCUCCUGCUGCCUCCCCAGCCUCCCUCCCAGCCCCUAGCUCUAACCCACUGUUGGAGAGCUUGAAGAAGAUGCAGGAGUCUCCAACCCCACCACCCUCAGAACCUGCUGUGGCAGCAACUGCUGCAGCCCCUUCGCCUCCGAAGACACCCAGCCUCCUGACCCCUCUUGUCUCACCACUGACAGGGCCGCUGGCCAGCACCUCCUCAGACUCCAAACCGACAGCCGCCUUCCUGGGCCUGGCCCCUUCUGCAUCUGCAGCACCACUCACAGAUACCAAGUCCCCUGGAGUCCCUCAGCCUGAGCAGCCUGUCAGCACCCCAGCCUCCUCGGCUCCCUCCUCCUCCCCAAAGCCCAGCAUGCUGUUCGGGAUGCUGAGCCCACCCACCACUUCCUCCAUUGCCACACCUGGCCCAGCCUGUGCUUCUCCCAUGUUUAAGCCCAUUUUCAUGGCCACCCCUAAAAGUGAGAGUGAGAGUCCCCUGCCAUCCAGCUCCUCAGCCACCACCACUACUUCAUCCAGCACCACCCUCGCCUCGACAGCCAGUACCACAGCUCCCACUUUCAAGCCCAUUUUUGACAGUGUGGAGCCAUUUACAGCCAUGCCCCUGUCCACCCCCUUCUCCCUGAAGCAGACAGCUGCUGCAGCCACCACUACAGCCACCCCACCCCCUCUCUUCACUGGCCUGGGCACUGCCACCUCCACAGCGGCCUCUGGCACCACAGCUUCUGCCUCGAAGCUUGUGUUUGGCUUUGGAGUGACCACUGUGGCCAGCAGUACCGGCAGUACCGUGACGUCCACCUCGCAGACACUUCUUUUCGGGGGAGCGCCCCCCGUCACUGCUGCCAGUUCUGCCCCGACCCUGUCCUCCAUCUUCCAGUUUGGCAAGCCCCCUGCCGCAGCAGCGUCUGCAGCAGGCACCUCCUUCAGCCAGCCCCUUGCUAGCUCUGCCCAGACGGUGGCCAGCAGCAGCAGCAGUGGCAGCACUGGUGGCUUCGGUAGCUUUGGCAGCACCCUCACCACCUCCACCUCAGUCCCUGCCACCAGCAGCCAGCCCACACUGACCUUCAGCAGCACCCCCACCUUCAACAUUCCCUUUAGCUCUGGUGCCAAGCCUGCGCUGCCAGCCUACCCUGGAGCCACCCCACAGCCCACGUUUGGAGCCACCGAGGGGGCCAGCAAGCCAGCACUUGCCCCAAGUUUUGGCAGCUCUUUCACUUUUGGCAACUCCGUGGCCUCGGCCCCAUCGGCAGCCCCGGCACCGGCCACCUUUGGCGGCGCUGCACAACCGGCUUUCGGCGGAUUGAAAGCCUCAGCCUCCACCUUUGGCACCCCUGCCAGCACGCAGCCAGCUUUCGGGAACACUACGUCGGUGUUCUCCUUUGGUUCAGCCACCACAUCUGGCUUUGGUGCCACCACGCAGACCACCACCAGUGGGAGCAGCAGCUCUUUAUUUGGCAGCUCUGCUCCAUCCCCGUUCACAUUCGGUGGCUCGGCAGCUCCGUCUGGCAGUGGAGGCUUUGGGCUUGGGGCUACUCCAGGCACCAGCUCCACCUCUGGAACUUUCAGCUUUGGAUCUGCACAGAGCGGGACCACAGGCACCACCACCUCUUUUGGGGGAGGCCUGAGUCAGAACACCCUAGGCACACCCAGCCAGAGCUCACCCUUCACCUUCAAUGCGGGCAGUGCGCCUGAAAGCAAGCCUGUGUUUGGAGGCACAGCCACACCCACCUUUGGACAGAGUGCCCCUGCCCCUGGCGUAGGCACCGCAGGCAGCAGCAGCCUCUCUUUUGGGGCCUCCUCAACACCUGCCCAAGGCUUUGUUGGAGUUGGAGCUUUCGGAUCAGCGGCCCCUUCCUUUUCCAUUGGCGCGGGAUCCAAGACCCCGGGGGCUCGACAGCGACUCCAGGCCCGAAGACAGCAUACCCGAAAGAAGUAGCCUGCUUCCUGUUUCCACCCCCACCCUUCCCCAGAUCUGGACCUCAGCACUGCUAGGAAGAGCCUCUGACCCUUGGCAUUCCAUAGCAAACCCAGCCCGUCACCAGGGCAGAAGCGGCAGCCUGGCCCUUUCUGUUCUAGAGAAAGUGGGUGCCCCAGGGAGGGGCAGAAGCCCGAUACUUUACUUGAACAGUCACUGGUGAGGCUGGAGAACUGGAGAAACAUCUGUACAUACUGUCCUUGCUGCCCCAGCGCUUGUUUAGUGUGUAGCCUAGGCGGCCUCCCCCUUUCCUGGAGCACCAUAUCUGCUAGAGGGUGCAUGGGACCCACUGGGACCCCGGUACACAUUGGGUGGAUUGGGGGAACGGAAUGUCCCCGAGCUUUGCCUGCUUGGCUUGGCUGUAAGAAGUGGUCUCUUCCUCUGGUCCCUUCAGGGUCUCUCCUCAUUUCUUGCUGCUUUGCCCUUCCCCAGUCCUCUGCAAUUCAGUCCUCUGAAAUGGCAGUGACUCUUGCUUUGCCUUGGAGACCCCAGUGGGCACUGCUCGCCUCUUCUGCCAAGUCUGCUUCAUCUCCAGCCCUCUGCCAGUCCAGCCUCCAAAAGGUUGGUGGCUCAAGACAGCCUGGCAGAGCCAGGGGAGAAGUCUGCUCCAGAAGUCUUGGGGCAGGCAGACUGCCCACCACUGCUUCCAGUUGCCUCUUCACCUGCCCGCCACCCCCCGGGCCACUUUGCCUCUUCGGGAUUGUAUUUUCCAAGCCUUGUACUGUGUUUGUCUGAUGUUAAUGUGUGUUGCUCCUUGAAUCGAGUUUGGAGGAAGAAUUGAAUUGUAUGUGUGGCGGCAUGUUGGUAAUGCCGGACUUAAUGUCGCCUGGGCCCUCCUGGGCCUAGCUAAUUGAAUGCUGAAAGUGGCACCGCGUGACAGCCCCAGCGCUGACUCCUGAAUUCUCAAUAGUGUUCUGACUUAAGGGCUGGCAGCCCAGGGGAUGGAGCCUGUGGGAGCAGACUUCCUUCCGUAUCCUUCCCGACAGCACACCCCAGGCAAGGGCGACCUCUGCCUGCGUUUGGAGUUGUAGAUUAAUGGACUACACCUUAGUUGUUGUUUUCCCAAAAGGUCCUUCCAGCCUGUCUCUUUCCUUCCAAAAACCAAACCCUUAGGCCCCAGAGCCUGGCUGCCAUGCCCAUCCUCUUUGGGAGAAGUAUGAAUGCGUGUGUCUAAAUUAAAAGAAAAAAAUAUUUAAACGUUUUUUAACAAAAUAAAAAUUUAUUUUUAUAUUUAAGCUAAAUUGCCUUUUAAAUUCCUUCAAGCUUGGUUCACUGAGGUGGUUAAGUAUAAAUGCUAUUGAAUAGUAGGAAUUAGCCGUAUAGUUAGGCCUGUGUGAAGGAGGGGCUCAUGGCUGUCCCCGGCAGCUCUCCUAAGGGGGCAAAGCUCCUUCUGGACAUGUCGUAUAAGUGUAAUUCUUACUUUAUAAACAAUGUGAUGUAGCUGUAACUGGUUCCUUCCCUUUGUGACUGGCAGGGGUUAGGCUGGGUUGUGUGGAGCUGGGGGAAGAGCCGGACCUCAAGUCCCAAAUGCCUGUGAGGACGGGUGGGGUCUGCACAGGAAGCCUCUACCUGUGCCUCAGGUAAGGAAGGGGCCUCCCUGUAAUUCAGUCUGAGCUAAUUACCUCAGCUCCACAGCAGGCCUGCAUCCAGGGCCCCUGAAGAGGCGUCCUGGCAUAGCCUCGGUGUGUGAGCACAUUUGUCCGUGCUCAUGCUGGACAGGGACAGGGAGGCUGGGGCUUCCUACCAGGACUGAGUUCCUGUGAGUGUAGCUGAGAUUUUUAGUAUGAAUGUGAGAUUGUUCUUGCUUAUGUCAUUAAAAAUAAAACUGUGAUCUGUCAUUGA